AUGAUGAAAAAUGAAUAUGAUGAACUUGAAAAUUCGUGUUUAUCGAUUGAUCAGCUAUUUCGUACAUUCAAAAAUAGAAACGUUGACAGUGGUCCUGCUGUAAAAAAUGAACCACAAAUGAUUAUCGUCGAAGAUACACGUUCAAAAGAAAAUUUUGUUAACACGAUAACAACCUCAUCGAACCUAAAACGUUCACUAAGCGCCUCGACGUUGAAUGAAAAUGAAAAUGGUCAAAAUAAUAAAUUGUUGAAGACGAUGAUCGAAGCAGCUGUUCAAGAGCAGCUCAAAAAAUUGUUUGCAAGUGUCGUUGGCGUUCAAGGUACAACAGCUAGUAAUAUUGCUGUAGAACUACAGGAAUCGUCGGCGGAUAUUUUGACCGGCUUAAAUAAUGCUAUUUUACCUACUCUUCCAACGAUGCCAGUGCUACAAAUCCCAUUGACACCAGUACUACAAACUCCAUUGAUGCUGAUAAAUAAUAAUAAUAAUAAAGUUAAAUUUGAUGGGAAUUUGGAUGAUUUAUAG